ACAUUCUCUGUAUCUGAAGUCUUUUCAUGAGCCUUUGUAAUGGACACAGCUAGCCUCAAAGACAGUCCAAUUCUCUCCAGUCCUUUCUCUUCUCCAAAUGUUAGUGCCCUGCUCAAGAUCAAGAUAAUUUCUAAGAUCCAAGAGACCGGUUUACCUGUUUCUGUUCGCGUUCAAGUUGCUGAUAGGACCUUUAACCUGCACAAGUACCCACUUUUUUCCAAGAGCGAUAACUUCAAGAGAAAUUUGAACAACUCAAAUGAAGUUAAGCUGCCUCAAAAUUUCCCGGGAGGACCAGAAGCCUUCGAGAUGAUUGCACUGUUCAUAUAUGGUUCCUCCACAUUAGUUGACCCUUUCAAUGUAGCAGUCUUGCGUUGUGCAGCAGAGUUUCUUGAAAUGACAGAAGAGUAUGGCUCUGGCAACCUCUGUGACCGCUUUGACUUAUAUCUAAACCAGGUGGUCUUGCAAAGUUGGGAUGAUACCUUAAUUGUUCUCCAAAAGUGCCAAACAUUGCUUCCAUGGGCAGAAGAGCUUCUCAUUGUGAGCCGCUGUAUCGAGUCUCUUGCUUUCAUGGCUUGUAUGGAGAUUCUUGACCCAGAGAGGAGACGGGACAGACCAAUGGUUACGCUUGAGGCUAUGACCGGUCAAGCCUGGAGCUGUGAAACAGUUAAGGACAUACUGAGCCAGGAUUUGUGGAUCAAGGAUCUAAUUGCUUUGCCAUUUGACUUCUUCAAAAGGGUAAUUGGGUCUUUGAGAAGACAAGGAAUGAAAGAGAAGUACAUGAGUCCGAUUAUUGUCUUCUACACGAACAAAUGGGUACUUUCAAAGAAGACACGACAGUUUUGGGAGAACUCGAGUGAGAGAAAUGGAGAUGAUGAUGAUAGUAAGAACAGAGCUUCAGUUCUCCUCUUGGAGGGUAUUCUUGAUUUGCUACCAAUGGGUGAGAAGGCUAGUAAAGUAAUCCCUGUCGGUUUCUACUUCUCAUUGCUUUCUAGGUCUCUUGAACUCGGUUUGAGAAGUGAAAAAAUCUCAAAGUUGCAAGAUCAGAUUGCAUUGGCUCUACCUUUGGCACAAGUGGAAGAUUUUAUAAUUCCUGUUAAUGGAACUGAGUCCAUUUCUUCUAGCAUAGAGUUGACUACAAUGGAGCGCAUAUUUGCAACGUACACGCCAUCCAACAUGGAGUCAAAUCACACUCCUUUGCCAAAUAAUUCCAUUGUCGCUGAAUUGUGGGAUUCUUAUCUUUCACAUAUAGCUCCCGAUCCAAAAAUGGGGCCUAAAAGAUUCAUGGAACUUAUCGAAACCAUUCCAGUAUCUAGCAGACAAAGCCAUGAUCAUCUAUACAGGGCACUGAACGCCUUCCUACAGGCACACCAAGGCAUAUCACAAGAUGAGAAAGGGUUAGUGUGCAAAUACCUCAACUGCCAGAAACUAUCACAAGAGAUGUGCAUUGAAGCAGUUCAGAAUGAGUUGAUGCCACUGCGUCUGAUUGUCCAGGCACUUUUCGUUCAGCAACUAAACACGCACAAAGCCUUCAAAGAAUGCUCAGACUCAUUUAGGUAUGCACAUUGUGGGGAAUUCUCCGGCAGCCUCUCAAGCUCGAGAUAUGCAAACUCCAAAAGCCAGAACCUUGGCGAGAGUCCAUAUAUAGACGGAGGUGAAGCAGUCAGUAGUAGACCCCUCGGCUUCUUGCUACAAAAAGAUGCAGCAAUUCAAAGGUCUGAGUUGUCGAGGAAGGAAUAUGAAUCCACAAGCUUCAGAAUUCAGAGUCUUGAACAAGAACUCAUGUCCUUGAAGAAAACCCUUCAAAUACAGAACAUCUCUACAAAAAAAGAACCGGUUCCAAAGAAAUCAGAACCAAAUUCUACCAAUCCGCAGGGCUUGAGGCCUUAUGGUUUGGAGGGAAGAACAUUGAGCAAGAAGAGAAACCCACUUGGACAAGUGAGUGCUUGCAUUGGUUCUGUGAAUUUUGCUUCCCACAAAAAGUAUGCGAGCAGAUUACUGAAGGUGUUUCGUAGAAUAAGUUUAUUUGGGAGAGGGAAAACAAAGAACAAGCCAAGUGCCUCUGCCCUAUGGCCCUAGUUAAUGUAACACGAGAACUAUAUAGGUUUGUGAUGUAUGAUAACUAAAUCUGCAAAAAUAGCCAAAUUUAGCCAAUGAUCAAAUAAGCAUAUUUAAGUUCAUGCCAACAUGACAUAUAUAACUGAGAGCGGACUAUUAAUUACUCUCAUUCAUACAAGUAUGUAUGCAAUUAUAUGUAUGCAAAUGCAUAAUAUGUGCAUUUAUGCUUGUGUCAUGC